GGCGAGGCCACCAUCGACCAGGAGUUCAUCUCACCGCAGAACGACAGGUUCAUUCUUCACGAUAGCAAAGGUUUUGAACCAGGGGAAAAAGACAACGUUGUCCGAGAUUUCAUUGGCCGUCGGAAAGCAAUGCCUGAUUUGAAAGAUCAGCUGCACGCUGUUUGGCUUUGCUUUGAAAUACCCCGCGCAGGCGGGCGUUUACUAGAGACCGGCGUGGAGCAAUUUCUCACGUCGAAACGCGAAGGAGAGCUAGGAGAAAUUCCCAUUGUUGUCGUUUUCACCAAAUACGACACCCUCCUCGACCGCAUGGAGAGAACUCUGAACAAGUCCUUCACCAAGGAUUUGAGCAAGGAGGCCGUCCAGGAACUCAUGAAGAAAAGUGCGAAAGACAAGCUAAAGGAAGUUUGCAUUGCACCCCUAGAGAAAUUUGCAGGGUCCAAUGUUGAGAGACGAGAACUAGAGUACGAGGCUCAGUCACGGUUAAAGGGACUCAGAUUCAAUGUAGUACUACAAACCUAG